UACAUUCCCAAAGUUUUCAACUUUUUUUAUUUAUUUUGAGCUUCAAAAGACUCCUCCUUUCUAAUGGCUUCAUCUGCAUUUGCUUUCCCUUCUCACAUAAUAACCAAAGGAGCAUCUACAGAUUCUUGCAAAUCAACUUCUUUGUCUUCUUCUCGAUCUUUGUCUACAUAUCUUCCAUCGCCAUGUCCGAGACCCAACAACGAUUUACAUCUUUUGUUCUCCAGACCCAUCUCUUCGGGUCCGAUGUACCAAUCUGCUGCCAAUUCCGCUAAUCCGGAAUCCCAUGUUCUCAAAAACUGCUUAACAGAUGACAAACAGGCUUGUGCAGUUGGGAGGAGGAAGAACAUGAUGAUGAUGGGCUUACUCAUGUCUGGUUUAAUGGUUUCAGAAGCCAAUCUUCCAGCAGCGUUUGCAUCAACACCAGUGUUCAGAGAAUACAUUGAUACAUUUGAUGGGUACUCUUUUAAGUACCCUCAAAAUUGGAUCCAAGUCCGAGGAGCGGGUGCUGAUAUAUUCUUUAGAGACCCUGUUGUCCUCGAUGAGAAUCUCGCAGUUGAGUUUUCUUCGCCUUCUUCCUCAAACUACAUGUCACUUGAAGACUUGGGAUCCCCUGAAGAAGCAGGAAAGAGAGUAGUUCGACAGUACUUGACUGAGUUUAUGUCCACUCGACUUGGGGUCAAACGCCAGGCCACCAUCCUGAGCACUUCUUCUAGAGUUGCAGAUGACGGUAAACCGUACUACCAAGUCGAGGUAAACAUAAAGUCAUACGCCAACAACAACGAGCUAGCUGUGAUGCCGGAAGAUAGAGUGGCUCGUUUGGAAUGGAACCGGCGCUACCUAGCGGUUCUAGGAGUUGAGAACAACAGACUCUAUUCAUUGAGACUCCAAACACCUGAGAAAGUUUUCCUAGAAGAAGAAAAAGAUCUAAGAAGAGUCAUGGAUUCAUUCAGGGUCGAGAAGAUAUAGAAGAGCUCACAAUUCUCCAUUUAUUUUCAUUUUUCCAAACCAAAACAUCUUGUUGCUGGUUACUUUUGAUUACAAAACAAAAGGAUUUUGAUUCAAAUGACAUCUUGAUAUGGUUGAGAAUUAUUGUAAACUGACAAGUAUAAACCAGUGGAUAAAUUGAACU